AUGGGCAAGCGAGUACACCCCUGCCAUCAACUUGGAUCGUCAGGGCUUUUCAUCCCAUGUGUCCCGGUGGGCCUACGAUGGGAGUGGGGGAGACAAGAUGACCAUGACUGUCACAGCCAGUACAACCGUCUUCUGAUUGUUGUUGACACAGGGACCUACACUGUGACCAACCCCUCGUCUCUGGGGCGCCUCCUCCUGGUUAAGCUGGAGAAAGAGCAGUACCUGUUCCUGCCAGAAAAUGAGUGGUUCUGCUCCAAGGUUGUCGUGACGACACCUGAGGAUGACGUAAUCCUCUUCCCUUGUUACAGAUGGUUGUCCAGGGGGGAAAUUGUGGAGCUGAGAGGAGGAAAAGCCAGGAAGGUUUUUGAGGAUGAGCUCCCUCUACUGGUGCACCAUCGUAAAAAGGAGCUGGAGCUUCACAAGAAACUGUUCCAGUGGAUUGUGUAUGCCGAGGGAGUCCCCCACAUCAAUAACGCCACUGAAGUCUCAGCCCUCCCUUCUGAAGUUAAAUUUUCUUUCUCCAAAAUGUCAGAGUUUAUCUACACCAAAGCUGCAGCUAUAGCUGAGCUCAAACUGAAAUGCCUGGUGAACUCCACCGAGCAGUGGAAAGACCUGGAGAUGAUGAAAACUGUUUUCUGGAAAAAUAGAACACCCAUUUCAGAGUAUGUCUCUGAGCACUGGAAGGAGGAUGACUUUUUCGGGUCCCAGUUUCUGAAUGGAACCAACCCCAAUGUGAUCCAACGCUGCACAACGCUUCCCCCCAACUUCCCUGUCACAGACGAGAUGGUACAGCCCUUCCUGGAGGACGGGAGUUCCCUGGCGACGGAGAUGCAGGAAGGAAACAUAUUCAUUUGCGACUACAAGAGGCUUGAGGGUGUGCCAACCCGGGUGGUCAAUGGUAAACCACUGCCCCUCACGGCUGCCCUCUGCCUGUUCUACAAGAACCCAGAGGACAAACUGCUGCCUAUCGCCAUCCAGCUGGAGCAGCAGCCCUCUAAGCAGAACCCUAUAUUUCUGCCUAGCGACUCGGAGCACGACUGGCUGCUAGCCAAGAUCUUUGUGAGGAACGCAGAUUUCUCCGAGUUCCAGAUCAGCUACCAUCUACUGGGCACUCAUUUACUGGCAGAGGCCUUCACUAUGGCAACCUUCCGGAGCCUUCCUAUCAUGCACCCUCUCCACAAGUUGCUGAUACCCCACUUCCGUUACACCCUGCAGAUCAACCUUCUUGCGCGAAAAAGACUGAUUAGUCCUGAUGGACCCUUAGCAAAUGGUGCUAUGGGACUGGAGGGGUUGAAGGAACUCUUGAAAAGGGCACAAUCAGAAAUCACCUACAGCUCCCUCUGUCUGCCGGAGAACAUUGUUGCACGAGGACUGGAGUCCAUCCCCAACUUCUACUACAGGGAGGAUGGCCUGAAGCUGUGGAACAUCAUCAACAGCUUCGUCAAGGGGAUGGUGGAGCACUUCUACUCCUCUGACAGUGAAGUGUCCAGGGACUCUGAGCUUCAGGACUGGAUCCACGAGAUCUUCAUCCAUGGGUUCCUUGGAAACGGAAAGUCAGGAAUCCCUAAGCGAUUUGACAAAGUGGAGGAAGUUGUCAAAUUCAUUACCAUGAUUAUCUUCACUGUGUCAGCUCAACAUUGCGCCCUCAAUAUGGGGCAGUUUGACUAUGGUGGUUGGGUACCCAACAACCCCCUGUUACUGCGCAAAGCUCCUCCCACCACGAAGGGGAGCUCAAGCAUGAACACCAUUUUGGAAGUACUGCCAAACAUCAGCACUACUGUCAAUAACAUGGCUUCCACAUGGCUGCUCAGCAAGAGAUACUCAGACACGAUUCCCCUUGGUACAUACCCAGACCAACACUUUGAUGAGGCUGUCCCCAUGCAGAUGAUUAAGCAGUUCCAAGCAGAGUUGUCCUACCUCAGUCGAUCAAUCAUUAAGAGGAAUGCCAUACUUACACUACCCUAUAACUACCUGAACCCUGCCGAGAUGGAGAAUAGUGUAUCAAUUUGAUUGAGCUUAUGCCAAUUCAAAUGAUUACAGUUUACUUACAGAUGCAGUCUGGGAUCUUAAGCUUAACAAAUGAAUAACAUAUUGUACUGUUGGGUUCUGAGAAAAUGAAAUAUACUUAUUCAUGUCACUGAGGGAGAGAGGGUAAUGUAUAACGUAAACAUUAUAUAAGGUAUCCUGUUGAAAUAUUGAGUGCAGGGAAGUGAUCACGUGGCAGGCAUUGAUAAGGGGAGAGAGCCAUGGAUUAGUGAUGAAGUGGGGUCUAGGUCAGGUCACUUUAAGGGAGAAAUACAAGUUUAGCACUUAGUGUCCGACCUAGCAAUAAAGAUGCAAUGGUUGUACAGAUGUGUAGGAGGAGACUCGGCCUAGGAGGAAGGGUUAAAUAUCAGUGCUUGUGUGAACAUGUUUUUGUCUAAUGCAGCUGUAUUGAUCUUCUGGGAAGAAUAAACUUGGUUAAGCUUU